AUGGACGACAAUUCACCCCCUCGACACAACCCGCCGCACAUACGACUAAACUCCGACAGCGGCGACCUCCUCAACAUUGACCAGACACAACAGUCGGCACAAUCACGACCACAGACGGCACGGCAGCCUUCAUCACGAUCAUUGACCGCCACCUCCCGGCCCGGCACCGCGCCAAAUCUCCGAAAUGCUCACAGUGCACAAUCGCUAUAUCAGAAUAACACACCCGCCGAAAGCGCAGAGCUAUUAUUGCCACCACGAAGGAGUAAGACGAGGAGGUUCCGAGACGAUCCCGAAUCGCCUGGUGAUGCGCGGUCGCCAUCAGCCAGCGGCUUCAAUUCGCGGAGAACAUCGUGGUCGAGUGAGAGUGCAGGCAGCCGUGAUAGCAGAUAUGGUGGGCCUUUCGUUUCGCCAUUUGACGACUCAAGAGCGCCAUCAAGAGCGGGUAGUGAUGAGGACGGCGUGAACACCCAGACUGUGAGCGAGAAGUACAAUAUCCUGCCAUCCGCGGGACUACUACUGUUUCCUGAAGAUGUGGAAAAGGACGACUACCUACACAAUCCUGACCCGAAUGAGCGGGACAAGAUGAACUGUGCAGAUUUGUUCAGCAAAAGAGGCAUAGUCAACGUAGGCGGUCUGGCGCUGAUAACACUUGGCGUACUGAUUCUGUUUAUUGGCUAUCCUAUAUUAACAUUCGUGCAAAAAGCGAUCGAGCCGGCAGGAUCGAAUGCUUGCUCGUUAGAUCCAAACUGUCUGAGAAACGAUGUACCACUACUCAAGAAUCUCCGAACGGGACUGAUAGACCCGGAUACACCAAAGAGCGCCAUGUCACGAAAAGACGUGAAUGGUAACACGCAGACUCUCGUGUUCAGCGACGAGUUCAACGAGGACGGCCGAACAUUCUACCCAGGCGACGACUCCUACUGGACGGCGGUGGAUCUCUGGUACGGUGUCACCAUGGAUUUAGAGUGGUAUGACCCGGAUGCAGCCACGACUCAAGAUGGAACCUUGAAUCUGCGCUUUGAUGCUUUCCAAAGUCAUAAUCUGAACUACCGCUCUGGCAUGCUCCAGAGUUGGAAUCAGCUGUGCUUCAAAGGUGGGUACAUGGAGGCGAGUCUUUCCCUACCCGGUGCUGGCAACACUAUCGGUUUCUGGCCUGGUUUCUGGGCUAUGGGUAAUCUCGGCAGGCCUGGGUAUGCCGCCACUACAGAUGGCAUGUGGCCAUACUCGUAUCACGAUCAGUGUGAUGCCGGUAUCACGAAGAACCAGUCCGAUCCGGAUGGCCUCAACUCACUGCCUGGCAUGCGUCUCCCUGCUUGCACAUGCACGGGCGAAGACCACCCCACACCAGGCACAUCUCGCAGCUCCCCUGAAAUCGAUGCCCUCGAAGCGUCGGUCACAUACCUCGACCCGCCCAUUGGCGCCGCUGUGGGCACAGCCUCGCAGUCCUACCAAGUUGCACCCUUCGACCUUCUGUGGCGACCCAACACCGACUGGAUCGAGGUCUACAACCACCAAACCAGUUCUAUGAACGCCUACCAAGGUGGCGUCUACCAACAAGCCCUCUCCACCGUCACGAACCUGAAUAACGACUGGUACGACGGCAAGGCCUACCAAACCUACGGCUUCGAGUACGAACCCGGUGAUCAGGGUUACAUCCUCUGGAACGUGGGCGACGUCAGGACCUGGAAGGUCGACGCCAACGCUGUAGGACCCAACGGCAAUGUCGGGCAGCGUGUUAUCCCCGAGGAGCCCUUGGCGAUGGUUAUGAAUUUCGGCAUGAGUUCCGGCUUCGCGCAGUUGAAUUUGACGGGAUUGGGUGCCCUGAUGCCGGCUACUAUGCGUUUCGACUAUGUUCGAAUCUAUCAGGAUGGAGACGGGGAGUUGACUUGUGAUCCGAAGGGUUACGAGACUACGGGUUAUAUUGCCAACCACCGAGAGGCGUAUGAUAAUGCCAAUUUGACGCAAUGGUCUGCCCUCGGUAAUUCGUUCCCGAAGAACUCUCUCGUCGACGGCUGCACGGCAGCCACCGGCUCUUCGUCCUCGAAAGCUCGCAAAGAACGGAUUAAGAAGCGCAAGGAAGACGAGGCGGCGGCGGCGAAGAAGAAGAUGAAGAGGUCUUGGAUGCCGUGGAGCUGA